CGCUCUCCCUGCACGCUCCUUCGGUCGGUCUCUCUACACUGGUCGGCUGCGCCAGUUCGAAGUGUGUCUUUGUCGUCUAGAAUCGCCGUCGCAAACAUGUCAACAGCGGGGGCAAGGAAGAGUAACACUUGGCAGGGCGCGGGGGCUGCCGAAUUUGAUCUCCGGAGUGCGUAACAUUCGAAACUCUUCCCUCGAUGAACCUGAGCGAGUUUCAUAGAAUACUGAAUGUGCGGUAUCACCAGGCGACACGAUGACCAAGCCGACCCCGUCCAUGCUUGAAGCCAUCUGUCAGACCACCCUUCUGGACGACGUCUUCAACGAGGACCCCGUCACGCAGGAUCUCCAGGCCUAUGUCGCGGAGCGAACCAACCAUGAGGAUGCCCUGCUGGUGAUGUCCGGGACCAUGGGCAACCAGGUGGCAAUUCGGACCCAUCUCGUGCAGCCCCCUUACUCCGUCCUCUGCGACCAUCGAUCGCAUAUUGUGUGCUACGAGGCGGGCGGCGUGAGCUCGCUCACUGGCGCAAUGGUUCAAUGCGUCGUCCCGAAGAACGGCGUCCACCUCACCCUCGAGGAUAUCCAAGCGCGCGCCGUCCUCGACGAUGACAUUCACCACUGCCCGACGAAGCUGAUCAGCCUGGAAAACACCCUGGACGGCAUGAUCAUGCCGCUGGCGGAGGCGCGUCGGAUCACGGAAUGGGCGCAUGCCAACGACAUCAAGGUCCAUCUGGACGGGGCGCGGCUCUGGGAAGCGGCGGUAUCGGGGGCCGGGAGUCUCCCCGACUACACGAGCCUGUUUGACAGCGUGAGCCUGUGUUUCUCCAAGGGACUCGGCGCCCCGAUCGGCAGUAUCAUUGUCGGGUCUAAGGAGUUUAUCAAAAAGGCGCGGUGGUUCCGCAAGUCCAUUGGGGGUGGGGUCCGGCAAGCGGGUGUGCUCGCAGCCGCCGCCCGAGUGGCCGUCGAGGAGACGUUUGGGCCGGGUCCUAGCGGCGAAGGCGGGAAGCUCGUAGAGACACACGACCGCGCCAAACGGGUCGCCGACAUGUGGACGAGCCGUGGGGGAAAGCUGGCCCAUCCGGUACAGACAAACAUGGUCUGGUUGGAUCUGGAGUCGUCUGGGCUAGGACCCAAUGAUCUUGCCGAAAUUGCCAAGGACCAAGGCCUUCAAUUACUAGGGGGUCGGAUCGUCAUCCACUACCAGGUCUCCGAGGAGGCGAUUGCCCGGCUUGAGCGGGCAUUUGAUACCGCCAUGAGUGGGAAUUAUCACGGUAGCACUGACCAGAGCAAACCUUACGGAACCAAGUAAAUAGACAAAGCCACAUAGUAUGCAAACCCUACCGU